AUGCAGCCACCGAGCCGACGGUCUCUGCUCUCCACGGCCGCCUGGGCGCCUCUGCUGCCGCUGCUGGCGCCGCUGCCCGCGCCGUCCGCCUCGCCGCCGACAGCCAUCGCCUCGCCGCCGUCGUCCAUCAAGGCGCGACUGGAUUCGCAGAACCCGUCCUUCUUGACGAAGCCGCGCACUUCGGGCCUGCAGGCGCCAGCGGAAGCCAAAUACCCCGACUGGCUCGUGGGCGAGUGGAGUGUCGAGCAGACUUUCGCCGGCUACGAGAUGCCGCUCAAGGACGUGAUCCCGCGCGACGCCCUGAUGGCCGAGGGCGACGUGCCCGGCUUCAAGAAGCUGUCCAUCGCAUCCCUCCCGAAUGUCGGGAAGGAGGGCGUGCGGUUCACGAUGCGGUGGGCGCGCGACGCCGAGGGCUACGUGCGCGAGGACCGGGCCGCCAACCUGAACAGCGCCAUCCGAGGGGGGCUAGGGUAUGACGCGAUCGAGUACAUCGAGUACAAGGCGGACCGCGGCAACCCCGGCUUGCUCGGCUCCAACGCAGGCAACCCCAACAGGGUCAAGCUCGUCUUUGCGCCCGGGCUGACGAAGAAUGCCGACCGCAUCGAGCUCUUUGUGAACGCGCGCGAGACGGAGGCGCCUCGUGAGGACCUGUUUUACACGACCGAGGCGCUGAAGCAGGUCACGUUCUCGCCCCAGAGGUCGAUCAACGGCGAGUACUGCCACUUCAUCUCCUAUCGGCGCGUCUCCCCGACGCAGGUCGACGUGGUCAUGAUCACCGCUGCGUACUCGGAGCCGCUGCAGCUGGAGCGCUUUUUCCAGAGGGUGGGCGGGAACCAGCCCCUCAUUCUCUUCUCGCACGCACAGCGGAUGCGUAAAAAGGAGGGGUGA